GAACUGUGCCUUUAUUUUUGAAAUCCAAACCCUCAAAUUUCCGGUUGCGGCUCGUGCACAGUAUGUGAUUUGGCGCAGCUGGGAUCCCAACUCCACGAGGACUCCCCCCCUCCCCCCUCCCUCUGUGUCUGAGCGGCUCCUCUCAGGCAGGUGAGACAUUUUUAGAGACAACAUGACCGAACCGCCGCCGAACCGAACCGCCGCCGCCGUGGAGCCCGCGCUGGUGAACGGCCAGAGCGAGCCGACGCAGCCCCAAGAGGAGCAGCGGAAAGCCGAAGCGGAGGGUCCCGGAGAGGGCUUCAAGAUGGACCAGGAGAUGAAGAUCACGGACAGCAUAGAGGACCGAGGUCUUCUGGAGAGCAGCAUGCGCCUAAAGCCUCACGAAGCCCAGAGCUUCCGCAAGAAAGCCCUGUGGGUGUCGUGGGCGUCCAUAGUGGCCACCAUCAUCCUGGCCGUGGCUGCUUUCACCGUCUCCAUCAUGCGCCACAGCGCCUCCGCCUUUGGAUUUGCUUUUGAUGCUGUGCUGGACGUGCUCUCCUCCGUCAUCGUGUUGUGGCGCUACAGCAACGCGGCCGCCGUCCACUCGGCCCACCGCGAGUACAUAGCUUGCGUCAUCCUGGGAGUGGUUUUCAUCCUGUCUUCCCUGUGCAUCCUGGGAAAAGCCAUCCAUGACCUGGCCACCAAACUACUGCCGGAAGUGGAUGACUUCCUGUUCAGCGUGUCCAUCGUGAGCGGCCUGGUGUGCGUCAUCCUGGCGGUGAUCAAGUUCAUGCUGGGCAAAGUCCUCACCAGCCGAGUCCUGGUCACAGACGGAUUUAACUCUCUGGUGGGCGGGGUCAUGGGCUUCUCCAUCCUCAUCAGCGCCGAGGUGUUCAAGCAUGAGCCCAAGGUGUGGUACCUGGAUGGAACAAUAGGAGUCCUCAUGGGCCUCAUUAUCCUCGCCUACGGAGUCAAGCUGCUGCUGGACAUGAUCCCCAGAGUCCGGCAGACCAGGAACUACGAGCGCUUUGAGUGACGGGAUCGGACAAAGAGGAGGAGGAAGGGGUUUGGGAGGAGGGCUGACGGGACUCACGAGGCUCCGCCCCUCCCAGCGUCCGUGUUUCCAGUUGUGUACGUUUACCCGCAUCAGCCUCCACGUUUGGAGGAACCUCAGCGGCGCUGCCGUGGAGACGCAGUGGAGGCUGAUUUACGCCGCCUGUCACAGCACAGCAGGUCAUCUUCCCACGACUCCUGAGGCUCAGCUGGGGCCGUGCGGCGCGGGCGGACGCAUCCGUGAAUUAUUGAUGGCUUUUAUCUUUUUAUGACUUCAGGGAGGAUUUAUCAAUAGAAGACCGUUUAGCAGAAAGGAGGAGCUGCUAAAAAUGAUUGUCCCAAACUCCCGUGUGACAGCAAAAAUGAGCCCAGACCUCCAUCUAGUGGCUGGAGGGGUCACUGCACCUUCUGAGUUCUCCUUCAGACCCAAAGGAUGACGUUUUUGUGCGUUUGGUGUAUGUUUGUCUGAUGCUGAAGAACUGCUUCCUUCUGAGUCAAUAUUUACCCUCUGACUCAGUAUUUGGGUGUUCUGGCUCCUCCCACCAGCUGCUGUUUGUUUUGGGACGACUAAAAUCAACUUCACCUCCAGCUGUUGACUUUAAUCGGCGUGUUUUUAAUUGAACUUCCUCCUUACCAAAAAAAUUUGAUAAAAAGUAGGAAAGUGCGACCUUUGGUUAAAGUCGAAAAGAUCUCAUACUGUCAAGCACGGGGGUGGAGGUGUCAUGGUAUGUGCUUUUCUUUGUGGCAUUAAAGUGUCAUUGUUAACUGAAAAAGACUGUAAAUACUUGUAUGAAGCUUUUUAAUGUAAAUGUAAGCUUAAAAACGGCCUAAAGUUGGUAGUUUUGAUUGGUUUGGGCUACACGCAGAGUCUAGAAUUUGGUUGGGUGACCAAUGAGCCAAUCAGGAGAGGAACAUUUUAAGCUACGUUCACAUCGCCCUCGGCACGCACGUUUCAAGCGGCCACUUCCAUUGAAAUGUGUAAGUCAGUGUUAGCGUACAGUGGGCCACAAAAAGUAUUCAGCCACCAAUUGUGCAAGUUCUCCCACUCCCAAAAAGAUAAGAGGACUGAACUUGUCUUCAUAGGUAGACCUCAAAUAUGA